AUCUCUAUCCACAAUCGCUGAUUAGACCCCAUCAAGAAAGAAGAAAGAAAAGAACGGAGAGCGACGACGACGAAGAUCGCUAGAUCCUUCAUGGGACUUCAAUGGCGAUUUCUCUUCUCCUUUUCUUGACCCUUCUCCGAUUACCCAUUACUGGUCUUCACCUCCUCCUCAUCUUCCUCCAUUCCCUCUUAUAACUCUCUCUCUUCCCUCAAAUCCCAGAUUUCCAUUUCCCUCGUCGUCGGAUUUUCCGAGAAAAUUUUUCCAGUACCCAUUUCUGGAAUCUCGCCGAUCAGAGGAAAAAGGAGGGUUUUUUUUUUCUUCUUCUGGGCUUUGUUUUGUUUGCUCAGCAGGACCUCGGGGAAUUUUUGUCUUUUUCGAGCAAUCAAUCUCCAUCGGGUUUUUGAAUCGGUGGGUGUUAUUUCGAUUUUUCUUUUGUGGGUUUUCUGAAGAUAUGGCGUCUGUGUUCUUGUAUCACGUGGUGGGGGAUCUGACGGUGGGGAAACCGGAGAUGGUGGAGUUCUACGAGACGGAGACGGUGGAAUCGGCGAUUAGGGCAAUCGGAGAGUCGACGGAGUGUGGAAUUCCUGUCUGGAAGAAGAGAUCUUCGCCGCAAUCGCUUCCUGGGUUCGUGGAGAACAGCGAGAUGAGGCAACAGAGAUUCGUGGGAAUCCUGAAUUCUCUUGACAUAGUCGCGUUCUUGGCUAGGAGUGAGUGUUUGCAGGAUCAUGAGAGGGCUAUGAAGAUGCCUGUCUCCGAGGUUGUCAGGCCCAAUAAUACUCUCCUCAGGCAGGUUGAUACUGGGACAAGACUGGUAGAUGCACUGGAGAUGAUGAAGCAAGGAGUGAGACGGCUUCUGGUUCCGAAAAGCGUCGUGUGGAGAGGUAUGAGCAAGAGAUUCUCCUUUCUUUACAAUGGCAAUUGGUUGAAGAACAUGGAUAAUUCUAGUAGCAGCAACAGUAAUCUCUCCUUGGCCAUGGCUUCAAUCCCGGACAAGUUUUGUUGUCUCUCGAGGGAAGACGUGAUUCGCUUCCUUAUCGGUUGUCUUGGAGCAUUAGCUCCGUUACCGCUCACAUCAAUCUCUUCUCUUGGAGCCAUCAAUCUCAACUUCAACUCCAUUGAAGCUUCUCUUCCAGCAAUGGAAGCCACACUUAUUCCGCUCGUUGACCCGAGUGCUGUCGCCGUCGUGGAGACCGGUGCAAACGAUCAAUGCAAGAUUAUAGGUGAGAUCUCGGCUUCGAAACUCUGGAAAUGCGAUUAUCUGGGCGCUGCUUGGGCACUAGCCAACCUUUCUGCAGGAGAAUUCAUCACAAGAUCCGAGGAAAACAUGUCGUCCAGAUCAUUCAGCGACUAUUUCCGGGAUUCAUCAACCGGAGAAAACGAUGAUGCGGCCAAAGGAGGAGAUGGGUCGACAAUGAGGACGAGGAAAUUCAGCAGCAGGAGCAUCGGGUUUAACCCGACCAGCCCAAAGUCUUUGAAUCCAGGGAGGAGCAUGUACAGGGGAAGAAGCUCGCCAUUAACGUGCAAAACCUCGAGUUCUUUAGCCGCGGUCAUGGCUCAGAUGCUUUCGCACAGGGCCACGCAUGUCUGGGUCACUGAAGAGGAAGAGAACGAUGUUCUGAUCGGAGUCGUUGGCUAUGGCGAUAUCUUGGGCGCUGUAACUAUGGCUCCUUCUGCUUUGGUUACUCCUUCGAAUCGAUCUUACGAAGGUUUUGGUAAUGAAACUCAGAAUUCAUAGUCUGUCUUCUUGUGUGUUCUGUUCUGUUCUGUUCUUGAGGGAUUGUGCUUUGAGAUGAAUUCAUGCUAAAGGACAUAAUAAAGGCUGAUACUUUGGUGUUAUAUAUAUAUUGUUUUGUACUGAAUUUAAAAAUAAA